AUGAAGAAACAUCGCAAGCAUUCUCCAAAAACCUCUGUCACGUCACACAAGCCUGUCGGCUUCACUGUCCACUUUGAAGACGGUCUCGGCGAGCUCAGCCGCUUCCCAAGAGAAAUCAGAAACAUGAUCUACGGCUUCAUCGUCCCCUCACUCGUGGUACACGGCGCUCGGGAGACCACUAUUGAUCGCUGUGUCGUACGUGAGCUCGUCAAGGCUCCUAUUCUGGCUACAAGCAAGCAGCUCUGUGUUGAGUUCCUCGCAGUCUUCAUUCGAGAAAUNUCCCUGGAAGAAAGCGACAUACACUACAAAAACGAUGAAUGCCAUCCAAGGCCAAGUGAAGACCAGUACGACUCCGAGGGAUUCUGCCCGGAAGAGAGGGACAACAACAGUGACGAAGAAUGCCCUGAAAGUCCCGAGAAACUCCUGGCAUCUGUCAAAGGUCGCAUCGAGUAUAAUUUUCAAAGCAACGACAGAACACUCGGGCUUCAGGCAACCACAUUCUAUUUGCACAUGGACAAAUACAUGCCCGAAUGCGAAGAUGGCGUGUUCGAAGAGCUACCUCAGAGAUUGCAGCGCUUGUGGGACAUUCAUGAGGACUAUCGUGUCCCGUCUGAUCACAUGUACCUCAACAUGGACUACAGUGAGCCAGGAUCUUGUAUGUGGAUAGAAACUCCUCGCGUUCAGCCCUUCGGCUUUCUCACGUGGGAGGACUUCUGGAAGCACAACUUUGAUGCUGUGGCAGCAAGCAUAAUAUUGUCCGAUGGAAAAGCCUCCAUUCAUACAAUGGCUAACAUGAAGACCCAGCUAAAGGCCCAAAUUGCAGCCUAUAAAGCACUGAAGCUGCGCGAGUUUCGAGAAAAUUCUCCUUCCGAGGAAGAGUAUCUGCGCAUGGACACGCUACUGAACAACAUCCUCUACAACUUUUAUUGGGGGCAUUCCAUUCAGUCAAUGCUGGAGUUCCACGUCAAGAUAGGCAAGACGGCUAUCAGGUUCUGGAAGGUCAAAGAGGAGCAAUAG